AUGGUUGCGAGGUGGGUUCGGUGCACACACAAUUGUUCCAAGUACCGCCGUGGGAACAAUCGAAACCUCGUGGUGGGUGAGAAGAUGUCCAACCCACCCCCACCGCAUGGACCUGCCCGAAAAGGAAAUGCGAAGUGUCACGAUCCGACCAUUGCUCGGCGAUGUAGCAACCAUCGGCAUGACCCUGCCGACCAGCAAAACACCAUGGUUUUACCACUGGAUGGCCCGACCGCCCUGCGGAUUCCACUGCUUUUGCAGUCGCGAAGCCCCAUCCCGUACCCUAACGCUUCUUUUUCGGAAAGGCUCUUCUCUAAGAAGGCGGGGAUCCUGCUUCCUUCGCAAGAUCCUUUCUACACUGACCGGCCAUCCGACUUCUCCGCUCUUGCCAGCGGCUCCAUACUACGUUCGCGUCCCAUCGAAGUCGUCUACUUCCCCGGCUUCGACGAUCCACCGCUCCAAGCAUGGCAGGUCGCCUACAAGACCAAAGCCCAAGAUGGAAUGACACCCCAAGUCACCGUUCUCACCAUUCUAUGUCCAUCCACAGCAGCACCAGACAGCGACGGCAAGUAUCGCGUCAUGAUCUACGGCGCCAAAAGCGAUUCCGCCGCAACGAAUUUCAGGACCAGCUACGCUUUGAGAGCGGGGAACGAUUACACCCUGGGAGCGGCUUCGGAACAAGUGUUUAUCGCUCCUUGUCUGGACAGAGGUUGGAUCACGGUGGUACCGGAUUACGAGAGCGAGACGUGCGCGUUUGGUGCUGGAUAUCAGUCCGGGUAUGCUUUCUUGGACUCCAUCCGUGCAGCUUUGAACUUCGAGCCGAUGGGCGUGGGUAAGGAUGCGGAAGGAAAGUUCAAAGCAAAGAUCACGAUGUGGGGUUAUUCAGGAGGCGCGCUUGCAGUGGGUUGGGCUGCACAGUUGCAGCUGACGUACGCUGCCGAACUAACACAAUACAUUGUGGGAGCUAGCAUGGGUGGCUUGCCGAACGAUCUCAAGGCCAUCGCCGAGCACACGAACAAAGGUGUAGCAGCAGGACUGAUCGUAGGAGUCAUGCAAGGUCUCGCCAACGCCUAUACGUAUCUGCAAGAAUGGCUCGAUCAGCAUGCCAACAAGACCGGAAAAGCCGCACUUCAGAUGGCUCGGACGCAGAGCUUCAAGGACGUCAUGGCCCAUAACAUAGAAAAGGACGUGCUCGGAACCUAUUUUGACGUGCAGGACAUCUUGACCACUGGUAUUCCUGCUCAAGUGCUCGGCGAAAACAAGAUGGGCAACUACGGCCUCGUACCAACUAUGCCGUGUCAGAUCUACCAAUCGCUCCACGAUGAGGUCGUACCUUUCAAAACAACAGACGACCUCGUUACGACGUGGAGCGCCGCAGGUGCUUGCAUCGACUACACGCGGGACGAGCUGUCGGCACACAUCAUCCUGUGCUUCACCGGAUGUGCUGCAGCGAUCGACUGGAUGCAGGAUCGCUUCGACGGGAAAAAGACCAGGGCGAAAAAGGGAGAGCCAAAUAUCGAAACGGUGGUGACAAGCCUGGAUACGAACGAAGCUAGUGCGACGUUGGGCAAGCAGCGACAGACCGAUCUGCAGAAUCUGUUGGAGAAUCAGUACGUAAAGCCUGGGCGCAUCUGGUGGACUUGA